GCCAAAAUGAACACCGGAAAUAAUCUACUUUCAAAAAAAAAGAUCUCAUGAUCUAGAAUAUAGAUUCUAGAUCUAGUCUAUGUGUAUAUUCUAAUAAUUCUAUAUAGAUCUAGACUAGAUCUAGAUUUACUCUAGAUCUACAUUUCAUGCAUAACUAGUAACUCUGACACUGUAUCCGGCUUCAUCUAUUUGUGAUGGUGCAAUGGUUAAUUGAUGGAAAUGUUUACGACACAUUCUGUAGAGCCUUCAAUUGGAGUGACUUUGGAUCUGAUUUUGAAAACAUUGAUAGAAUCUCCAGACUUCUCAAGUUUAGAGACAAAAAACUGGGAGGCCAUAUCUCAUCUUAUUCCAGGCACAACGCCAAUGCAGUGUGCCAGGAGAUAUGAAGAGCUGUUGACCAACGGGGGAAAUUCAAUGCUGCAGCAUGUGACACGGGCAUUAGAUAAUCUUACUCUCGCUGGGAGUGUGAGUGGCACCAGCUUAGCAGAAUCGGAAAGUAGCGUCAGGUCAGCUAGUAGCAGCAGACCCAGUUCCAGCAAAGCAAAGGGUGUUAGAGAAGACAAAGAGAAACAAAGUGCUAGCAAAGAAAACAUCCAGCGUAGAGAGUUAGGCUUAAAGGGACCUGUCAUGGUCAUCCAUGUUUGUGAUGAAGGCAAAAAUUUGAAAAAAGAUUUCCAAUGCCCUCGAGACCUACUAGUUCAGGAGAUGAGAUACUUUUCAGAGUAUCUUUCCACUGAUGCCCAGCGCUGGGAGGACGUAGAUAUAUCUGUUCAUUGCGAUGUUCAAAUAUUUGAUUGGCUCAUGCACUAUGUCAAGAGAGGAACUAAAGAAGCUCCACAGGAACCAAAGCUUGAGCCCAACAAUGUUGUGUCAAUUUUGAUUUCAUCAGAAUUUCUGAAAAUGGAUACACUGGUCGAAGAGUGUAUUAAAUAUUGUCACAAGAACAUGAACGAUAUAUUAGCUACCCCUUGCAACAUGGGCUGUAUCAAUGACAAACUGCUCACCAGAAUGGCAGAACUGUUCAGUCACGUUGAAGCUGAUGAACUACGAGACCGAAAAGAUAAAUUUAAAAGUAAGCUGUUUGCCAAAAAAAUUGAAAAACUUUUUGAACCUGAUGGUCCAUCACCAGACUCUCCAGAGAAAGCAACAUCUUUAUUUAGAUGCAUGAUUUGUAAAAGACACCUGACAGAAUCACUUAAACCAUUUGUCAAGUGCUUACCUAGCAGGAUGACCAUUGACCAAAAUGGACAAAUGACCUAUUCUCAUGUUGUGGACUCCACUUUUGACAUCAGUGACUAUGUCCUGGAGCUCAAGUCCACCCUUAAGACUUGGAGAGAUGUCUACUGGAGGUUGUGGGGGAUGGUCAACUAUUUUACCUGUGUCAGGUGUGGGGAAGUUUUCCCACUGACUGAAUUCGGUCAUUGCAUCUACCAUCCAGAACUUGCCAGAUAUGACAAUGAACCAGGUUCUGUCACAUCUUGUGUUGGAAUACAUCCGUGUUGUCACCAGAGAGCAAUACGUUUUGACCCUACCCUCAUCAACAAGGGCUGCAGGGUUAAAGACCACAUUUUGAAUUUCACACCAACAGAGGGAGACCAAUCCUCAGUUCAGAAAGUCUAUGAUGACCUCUUAACUAGGAAGGACAUAAUCUGUGUGCCGUAUAUGAGGCCAAGCGAUUACAGUGAUAUGGAGCUAGAUGUGUUUGGUAAUGAAAGUUUCGUCUGUCAAUCAGAGGACUCUGGGAUACAUUUACCCAGUCUUAGUGCAAUGGGUUCAGAAGAAGUCAGAAUAGAGACAAAGCCCAGACUUCAGCCCUUGACAGUGGAGAAAGAAGUUUCCUAUUAUGUGGAUGAGUUUGAUGAGAGUGAUGAUGAAGUUGGAGAUGAUGAACAGCAGUCCAGUGCGGUCCUACCAAUGAUUUCAGGCUCAACAUCUACCAAGAAAUCCAGCAGAGCUCUGAAGAAAUCUCUAGUCACUGUUAACCCUCAAGCUAUUCUAUUAGACGGACCAGAGUUUGAUCAAAUCAAAAAGAAUACAUGGGACACUCAGAAGUCAUUGAGAUACAAUCAGGACACACAGCGACAAGAAGAUGCCAGACGUAUGAAAGAAAUUCGUCUGUUCUUAUCUAGACUUCGAUUGUCAGCAGAUAAAGUGGACAAGCCUAAGAAAGAGUAUGCAGGAGGAAUUUUCAGCAAACUAGAGAACCAAUGGAGAACUGCUCAUAUCCAGUUUUAUCCAUCUCGUUCACUUCAGCCCUUGACAUUAAGGGCUCGUCCUAGACCACUGGGUCAACUACAACAGAAGCAGCCAUUGUUUUAAAAACCUUCAAAUUGGAUCAAGUAAAAAAACUUAGAUUGCUCACCAAGUCCAUUGCUCUCAAGAUAUUUUUUUUUU